AAAUUAUUCAGCAUCACCUAGAAGCAUCGCGCCGGCCCGAGCGGACGCGUGCGCUGGAUAUUAUACUUACGUUUUAUUUAUGAUUAUUUAUUUAAGAGGAUUUUUACUGAAUUCUUGUCGUAAAUUAUUUUGGAAAAAAGGAUCGUAUUUUCUCCUCACAGUUUUGUAUGGAAAAAUAACUUAAGUCUGUUUUCUGAUCACCUGUGCCUGUCAUUUGAGACUGUUAUUGACGUCUUUGAACGACAUUAAAGCCGUCUUUUAUUUUCCUCUUUUUGUUUCGAUAUUUAAGUUAAUUUUCGACAUGUGGACCUUCCUCGGAAUUGCGAGUUUUACAUAUAUUUAUAAGAAAUGCGACGCCCUGGUGAGUUACGUGCCCACGGAGCUGCUGGUGGCCGCGGUGCUGUGCGUGUCCGUGGGUCUGAUGAUCACGUGCCUCGGCUUCCGCGGGCAGACGCUCAAAGCGCCUCAGUUUCUCCAGACGCCUCUCAAACUCUUGACUACUUUUCCUCCGACCAAAAAACUCUUCAAGGCCGGCACAGACAGCUGUGGUCGCACUUCUAAGAAGAGAGAUGUUAAGCGAAAGAGGGCCACAGACGGUCAGUCCGGUCAGGUAGAGGAUCCAGAGGUCAUCAUAGUGGGUGCUGGUGUGCUGGGGUCAGCCAUGGCUGCCGUUCUGGCCCGGGACGGCCGGAGGGUCACGGUGGUGGAGAGGGACAUGAAAGAACCGGAUCGGAUAGUGGGAGAACUCCUGCAGCCGGGUGGAUAUCGAGCACUCAGGGAUCUCGGCCUGGAGGAUGCUGUUGAAGGUUUGGAUGCCCAUGUGGUCAACGGUUAUGUAAUUCAUGACCUGGAAAGCCGAACGGAGGUGGAGAUCCCGUAUCCUCAGCAGGAGAACAGCAUUCAGGGUGGACGGGCUUUCCAUCAUGGACGCUUCAUCAUGGGACUGCGUCGAGCUGCUCUUGCUGAGCCCAAUGUGAAGUUUGUGGAGGGAACGGUGACCAGCCUGGAGGAAGAAGAUGGUUGUGUGACAGGAAUUCAGUACAGAGAGAAGGACUCUGGGAUAAUCAAGGAGGUUCAUGCUCCUCUGACUGUAGUCGCUGACGGAUGUUUCUCCAAGUUCCGUAAGAAUCUGACUUCAGAGAAAGCUAAAGUGUCUUCUCAUUUUGUUGGAUGCAUAAUGAAGGACUCUCCUCAGUUCAGGCCCAACCAUGCAGAGCUGGUUCUAGCUAAUCCCAGUCCAGUGUUGAUCUACCAGAUCUCUUCCAAUGAAACCCGGGUUCUGGUGGACAUCAGAGGAGAGAUGCCUCGAGACCUAAUGCAGUACAUGACCGAAAAAAUCUACCCACAAUUACCAGAGCACUUAAAGGAGCCAUUCAUGUUGGCACUGCAGAACGAUCGCUUGAGAACGAUGCCCGCCAGCUUUCUGCCACCCGCACCGGUCAAUAAACAAGGGGUUCUGCUGUUAGGCGAUGCGUAUAACAUGCGUCAUCCUCUGACCGGCGGCGGCAUGAGUGUGGUGCUGAAUGACGUCCACAUCUGGAGAGACCUGCUCAAGAACAUUCCCGAUCUCUAUGACAAUACAGCUGUGCUCCAGGCAAAGAAGAAAUUCCACUGGGAGCGUAAAUCAUCUCACUCGUUUGUGGUGAACAUCUUGGCUCAAGCUCUGUACGAGCUGUUCGCUGCGACCGACAAUUCACUGCAUCAGUUGAGGAAAGCCUGUUUCCAUUAUUUCAAGCUUGGCGGAGAAUGCAUCAGCGGGCCGAUUGGCCUUCUGUCGGUGUUGUCGCCGAAACCCUUUACUCUGAUUGGUCACUUUUUCGCCGUGGCGUUAUACGCCAUAUACUUCAGCUUCAGGUCUGAAUCCUGGCUCACAAUACCACGAGCGCUGGUGAACAGCGCGGCCAUCCUGUACAGAGCCUGUGCCGUCAUGUUUCCUCUCGUUUACUCUGAGCUACAGUACCUGAUUUACUAGGAAGGAACUUUUUUUUUUCGAACCGAAAGACAAAUUGAUUUGUUUCCAGUCGGUGAACGUGACACAUCUGUCAGUGUUGCCUACAUCUAAGUGCCUCAUUUUUUUUUGGUAAAAAGGGAUUCACGUCAGACAUGUUGCACAAGGAACACAUCUCUGAUGAGGAAAUGCGUACGGUGUCUGACAUUAAUAGGCAAAGACCCUGCCUUAUAUUUUCAUGCACUAAGUGUAAGCUAAUUUGCCUUACCCUACAAUUAAAUGAGGGAAAAUUCUGUGCUUUAUUUUAAGUUAAUAUGAAAUAGCAUGUAAAAACCAUUUCUUAUGCAAUCUGUUUAAGAGGAAUAUGCAUUAAGUGGGUAAAUCUGGUUCAUUUUAAGUUUUCAGUCAGAAAUGCAUGUUUUUAAUGCAUUUCUGAGUGCGAAAGAAGUUAAUCAAUUCAUAAUGGUUAAACCACUAGGCUGCUGGAAUUUGUAAAAUUGUGUAAAUGUUUUAAAUGUUUUCAAGAAACAAGAAAAAUCAAUGAGAGUGCAUUGCAUUUUGCAUACUUGUUUGUAGCUGAAGUAAUUGUUUUCUUCACAUGCAUUGCUUUAUUGUGGUUUCAAAGUUGUGCCCAUUUUUAAAUAGGGCCCUCUAUUAUUGCCUUUCUCUGCUGUUUAAAAACAGUUUCAAGACCACAUUUAGUAACAGUCAAAAAUGAUAUGUGCAAUAAAUAUGCCAUUAGGUAUCCACAUAGGUGGAUAUUUACUGAAAGAAGACAAGAGUUUUAUUGUGAGGUUUUAUUUUAUUAGUUUCUGAGGUUUACUAAUUCAGCCAUGAGCUUGUAGUUUAUAGCAUUUUUGGCUCUGUAUAGCCGAUCUAUGAACUGCUCUUUCAAAUAAUGUGUCUUCUUUGUAUGCUGAUAUUUCAAGUCAAAUACAGUUUGACAGACUGGAAUGACCCAGUGACAUCUGAGAACUUGUUUUACAUGGCCUUGUAUUUUAAUAUAUAUCAUAUUAUAUAGCUGGACAGAUGUUUGUGGGAUAAAUACCUACAGUGUGGAAAAUACAUUGCCCACCAGGUGGCGCACCAGCAAGAUGAAAACAGCGUCACACUGACAAACAAAAUAAAAAGAUUAAAAAACAAACAAACAAACAAGACUCUACAUCUGCGUCAGUGCUACGGUUCUUAAAAUAUCUUGUCAAUGAGUGAAACAGAGCCUCAAGUCAUAACAGCCUCAAAACCACAAGCGUUUUUUGACACCUGUCAGUCAACCAUCACGACGGCGACUAAACAGAUGACAUCGGCGUCUUUUGAUGUGAAUUCAAAAUACAUAUAAUUUUUGUCUAGAACAUGGUUUCCUCCCUUGCCAAUACCAUAUCUCUGUAACUUUUUUAUCAGAACAGAUAAUUAAAAUAAACCUAAAACUAUUUUUAAGGCCCCGUCAAGACACUCGGUUUUCCCGCGUUAUUGGGCUACUUCAAACAGUUUUAACACCAUUAUUGAUCACGUCCUCCGGUUUAAGCGCCAAUAACGUGAUGAAAAACCACCUUGCUUAACUCUCAAUGAAUAUGCCGUUUAACACAGAGACAAAGACAUUACAGUUUAGUUGACCUACACCUCCUGAACCAAAUUAUGGAGAUUUAUGCAGGCACGUACCAUUCAUUUUCCCCUUACAUAAAAGCGUUACCAUAGUAAGGUUGUUUAUAAGCCUGCAUGUCAAUGAACGACCACAAUGCUAAAACAUGGCAUUUGCAUUUUAUGACCUAGGUGUGGACACAAAGAAUUAACUUAUUGAGUGGUGAAAAGUGCAGAACAAAGAAAUAAACACCACAAGACACCUGAUUCUGUCCCAGGUUACAACAAUUUAUUAGUAUUCAUUGUUCUUUAUACAUCACUGUAACAUUAUAUUCCGGUGAAGUAGAUGAAGGAUUUGUUGCACUUCUCGUCUGCGACUCUGAAAGGACGUUUGGCUUCCUCUCGCUGUGUGCACAGUCAAUCUAGACACCGAAAAAACCCAAAAGACCAGACAGAAAAAAAAACGCUGGGACAGGACACGUGAGAAGAAGAGACUUUCCCUGCUGGAGUCCGUCACGUUCGACCCUGUGCUCGACCGCUGAGACUUUUCCUCUCCACAGUAGCAGCAAGCUCUUUAUAAACGAUUCGUUUACCCUAUGAUCUAAAAGACAAAUAAACAAAAAUAUAUACUGUACUGCUACUGCUAAUGAGGCCUGAAGAACCUGGCUUGAAACUAGAUUAAUAAAGUGCGAGAAGCAACUCACCAAUCCACACACUGUAUAUUCAUUUAUAUAUUUAUAUAUAUAGGAACAAAUCUACUAUUUUAACAUUAAUUUACAGGGUAAUAUACAAUAUAUUAGUAACAGCUGAGAUAUCAGCACAAAAAAAGAUCACUGUCACACUUAACAGCAAUAUAUAUAUCAUUAUAUAUAUAUAUUUGUAAGUUAUAUAUAUAUGUGAAUUUAUAUAUAUAAUCAUAUACAUAAAUAUAGUAUUGUCAUAUUCAUGAAAAACAAUUAAACCACGUCUCAGGCUUUUCAAAUGAUACCCAGAAAAGCAAUUAAUCGGUCAAGACGUAAAAGGUCUCUCGGAAAGAGAAACGGGGAAAACAAAAGUGCCCCGUCUGGAUUAUUUGAGGUCACAGGACAGGAAUUUGCAUAUUCCACAAAUCUAUUGCGACACAUUUCUGCCUACGAACAGUAAAAGUCGACCCUUUCCGAAGAGAAGGGGCCGAUGUUAGCCACACUCACACGUAAAACCCACUGAACAGAACAUUACGACUAUGGGGUUUCCGAUUAUGUGCUUCGACAUGGUGUGUGCUAUGAUAGUGAACGACAGAAAGACUACGAAUUUCACGACACUUGAAUAUUUCGCCUCGAAAGAAACUACGGA